AUGGAAGUCGGUUCCUCAGUGAUUAAGAAGAAGGUGCUUAUUGGGGAUGGGUUUGAACUGAAAUAUGAGGAUUUGGGAGUUGUUGUUGGCAAAUAUGUUGCUUUCUUGCGGAACUUUCUCUCAAUUAAGCGCGGAGAUCGCAUUCUUGCUCGUGUCUACAAAACUGUCGAUUCGUUAGCCUUAUAUCUGGCAGCUUUACGGCUAGGUGCAAUUUAUGUUCCCGUUAAUCCAGUUUAUACCCACAAUGAAAUGCAACAUUAUGUUCAGGACUCACAACCAGAGUUACUUGUCACUUGUUCUUAUGACGCUGAUAGUUGCUUCAAAAAAGAUAUCAAAUAUGUUAUUGAUGCUGAAGCUGCGGUUGCAGCUGCUACAGUUCAGAAAGCUUUAUAUCAUAUCGAGCCUGUGGAAGAACAUGAUAUUGCAUGCAUUUGCUACACUUCUGGUACCACAGGAGUGCCAAAAGGAGCUAUGUUAUCGCACGCAAAUUUAAUUUGGAAUGCUAAAGCCCUUAUUUCACUUUGGAGGUUCUCAGGGGAUGACGUACUGCUACAUUGUUUGCCAUUUUAUCACGUUCAUGGAAUGCCGAAAUUCACUGUAGAGAGUGUCAUCAAAUACCUACCCAAAUCUACUGUUAUGAUGGGAGUCCCAACUUAUUACAGUCGACUUCUGCAAAGCCAAAAGUUUAAUGCGGAACUUACAAAAAAUAUGCGUUUAUUUGUGAGUGGGAGUGCACCAAUGAGUAUUCCAUUGUGGAACGAAUUUCGUAAUCGAACUAAACAUUGCAUUUUAGAACGUUAUGGUAUGACGGAAGCCGCUGUUAUAACGUCGAACGGUUACGAAAAAAAAGAUAGGAUACCUGGAACAGUAGGAAAGAUUUUACCGGGCGGUAAGUUGCGUGUUUCUCAUGAAAACAUCGUUGAAGUUCAACUUCCGAGUGUCUUCAAAGGUUAUUGGAGAAAUCCCGAGAAAACCAAAUCUGAAUUUACUUCAGAUGGGUUUUUUAGAACAGGCGACCUUGGACGUAUUGAUGCAAAUGGGAAUUUGCAAAUCCUUGGCCGAGGCAAAGACCUAAUAAUAAGUGGCGGCCUCAACGUAUAUCCAAAAGAAGUAGAAGAUGCCAUUGAUGCAGAUGAGCUUAUUAAAGAGUCUACUGUCAUAGGGGUUCCACAUUCAGACUUUGGAGAGGUGGUGGUAGGAGUCUGUGUUCCAAAGUCGUGUACUGUUACGGAAGCGGAGAACAGAAGUACGGAACUAAUAAAGAGAUUACGUGGUAGAAUUGCCAACUACAAGCUCCCCAAAAAUAUCAUAUUUCUUGACGAGUUACCGCGUAAUUCUAUGGGGAAAGUGCAAAAGAAUCUUCUUCGAAAGAAAUAUGCUAAUUUGUAUCAGUAA